UAACCAACCUCCCCGUUUGCAUACUUUGAGUUUGUGUUGAGUUCGCCGCCGCCGUUUGAUUACUCUGGCAAAUAUUGUAGAAAGUUGCUGCAUUUCACAGAGAAUUAGCCCAAAUUUGUCCGCAAGAUGUUCCUGACCCGCUCCGAGUACGAUCGUGGAGUGAACACCUUCUCGCCCGAGGGUCGUCUGUUCCAGGUUGAGUAUGCCAUCGAGGCGAUCAAAUUUGGCUCCACCGCCAUCGGCAUCAGCACUCCGGACGGUGUUGUGAUGGCGGUCGAGAAACGAAUCACCUCAUCGCUCAUUGAACCGUCGAAGAUGGAAAAGAUUGUGGAAGUGGAUCGGCACAUCGGUUGCGCCACCUCCGGACUGAUGGCCGAUUCGCGAACGCUGCUCGAUCGGGCACGUAUCGAGUGUCAGAACCAUUGGUUCGUGUACAACGAGCGAAUGUCGGUGGAAUCGUGUGCCCAGGCAGUGUCGAACGUGGCCAUCCAGUUCGGUGAUGGGGACGAUACGGACUCGGCCAUGAGCCGACCGUUCGGCGUGGCGAUACUGUUCGCCGGUAUUGAGAAUGGGGAGCCGCAGCUGUGGCAUAUGGAUCCGUCCGGGACGUACAUUCGGUUCGACGCGAAAGCGAUCGGAUCUGGUAGCGAAGGUGCACAGCAAAACUUGCAGGAAUAUUAUCUGCCCACAAUGACCAUAAAGGAAGCGAUCAAUCUGGCCCUCAGCACGCUGAAACAGGUGAUGGAAGAGAAGCUGAACUCGACGAAUGUGGAAGUCAUGACGAUGACUCCGAAGGAACUGUUCCGAAUGUUCAGCAAGGAGGAGGUGGAGGAGUACAUUAACAACAUGAGCUAAAUUUGUGGCGGAGCGUUUUGCAGCUCCCUUCUCUGCGGCUUCCCUUUUCACGCAACCACAUUCUAAGUGAUCAUCAUCUCGUGUUUUUAAAAGCGUGAAUGCCUGGGAGUUGUGGCGGAGAUUGUGAGUUGCAGCCGGAGAGCAUAGCUUGGGUGUAUCGGUUAACGUACGUUUCACAUCGCGGUUAAGGGGAAGGACGAGGACACCCUGUUCUCGUUAUGGCUUUUUUCUCUUUUCGGAUUCGGCUUCCGCUCGGAGGCAAUGUGAAGACUUGUGUGGUGAGGCAGAGAAGUGAAUAAAAUUUGUUUAAGAAGUGAAAA